AUGUCCGCCAUCUCACGGAGCAUCAGAUCAGCAUCCAAGCUGCGAGUCCAGUCGUCCCGCGGUCUCUGCUCGGCCUCCAUCGGCGCCAGUCGCCUUGCCUCGUCCGGCUUUGCUGCUGCCAAAGCUGCCACUCCUGCCGCGCGCACCAACUUCUCAACCUCGUCGUUCAAACUGUCUGGAGCGCCCGCCAUGUCUUCUUCUUCGCGCGAGUACGAUCCUGAGAUCAAGGACAUUGCCGACUAUGUCGCCAACAAGGCAAUUGACUCCGAAUUAGCUUUUGACACCGCUCGAUGGAUUCUCCUCGACACUCUGGGCUGCGGUCUUGAGGGCCUUCGCUUCAAGGAGUGCGCCAAGCUGCUCGGUCCUACCGUUCCCGGCACCGUCGUGCCCAACGGCACCAAGGUUCCCGGCACUCCCUUUGUGCUGGACCCCAUCAACGGAGCCUUCAACAUUGGUGCCAUGAUCCGAUGGCUCGACUUCAACGACUGCUGGCUGGCCGCUGAAUGGGGCCACCCCUCGGACAACCUGGGCGCUAUCCUGGCCGUCGCUGACUGGAUCAACCGCACCAACAAGGCCGGCGGCAACCUGGCUGGCGGCAAGAUCUUCACCAUCCGCGACGUGCUCGAGGGCAUGAUCAAGGCCCACGAGAUCCAGGGCUGCCUGGCUCUGCUCAACUCGUACAACAAGGUCGGCCUCGACCACGUCGUCCUGGUCAAGGUUGCCUCCACCGCCGUCGUCUCCAAGAUGCUCGGCCUCAGCGAGAAGCAGAUCGCCGACGCCGUCACCCAGGCCUGGGUCGAUGGCCAGAGUCUGCGAACCUACCGCCACAGCCCCAACACCAUGUCCCGCAAAUCUUGGGCUGCUGGUGAUGCCUGCCAGCGCGCUGUCAACCUGGCCCUCAAGGUCAUGAAGGGCGAGAGCGGCAUUCCCACCGUCCUGUCUGCUCCCACCUGGGGUUUCUACGAUGUCCUGUUCAAGGGCAAGAAGUUUGAGUUCCAGCGCCCCUACGGCAGCUACGUGAUGGAGAAUGUUCUGUUCAAGGUCUCCUACCCUGCCGAGUUCCACUCCCAGACCGCCGUCGAGGCUUCUGAGAAGAUCCACCAUCAGCUCAAGGCCAUGGGCAAGACCGCCGCUGACAUCAAGAACAUCACCUGCCGAACCCACGAGGCCUGCAUCCGCAUCAUUGACAAGCAGUUCAAGCCCAUGGACAACUUCGCCGACCGUGACCACUGCAUCCAGUACAUGUGCUCCGUCAUGCUCGUCUUCGGCCGCCUCGAGGCCACCGACUACGUUGACGGCUCUGAGGCUGCUACUUCUGAGCUGGUUGAGUCUCUGCGCCAGAAGAUCAAGUGUGUCGAGGAUCCCAAAUACACUCAGGACUACCAUGACCCUGCCCAGCGAACCAUCUCCAACGCCCUGACUGUCGAGCUCAACGACGGCACCGUCCUCGAUGAGGUUGCCGUUGAGGCUCCUCUGGGCCACCGUCUCCGCCGUGAGGAGGCCAAGCCCGUCAUCCUGGCCAAGUACAAGCGCCACCUGGGCCCUCACUUCCCCGAGGCCACCGUCAACGAGCUUGUCGAGCUGAGCUUGGACAGCAAGAGGCUGGAGGCCAUGACUGUGGAUGAGUACGUUGACAAGUAUGCUGUCAAGGAGAGCAAGUUUGUUGUUUAG